AAUUGCGCGAUGUGUGAGCCAUUUUGUUAAUCUAGAGACGGUGAUUCAUUCUAGUAUUUAUAGCAUACUAUGGGAAGACGACGAUCAAAACGAAAAGCUCCAUCAAAAAAGAAAAAUGAUCCAUUGGAAAGCCAGUUUAAUUGUCCGUUUUGUAACCAUGAAAGGUCUUGCGAUGUAAAAAUGGAUCGUCCUCGUAACACAGCAAGGAUUGCCUGUCGGGUUUGUCUUGAGGAUUUUCAAACGUCAAUAACAUAUCUUUCAGAGCCUGUGGAUGUAUAUAGUGAUUGGAUAGAUGCUUGUGAAUCAGCAAACCAAUAGGACAAUACAACAAGUGUUUGGUGAUCAAAGUUGUAAAUAAACUUGAUGUAUUUUGUUCAUAUAAACUGGUGUACAUUGCUCAAAAACCCUGGUACAAAUUGGUAGAAAAGAUUUAUAACAUGGAGGAAUUAUUGCUGUGUUGUUGUUACAAUGUUCUUCAAUGCUAUUUCAUGACACACAGGGCUACAUCACCAGUUCACUGAUAGAAAUCCUAUAAAAAAUAUUUUGCUGUACAGAUUCUAGCAAUAAAGACUGUUGGCUGGAGGCAUAAAGACUUAAAAUAAACAUUGGGUUGGAGGGAGAAUCACACAAUACAAGUGUUAACAUAGCUCUUAUCCUGGCAUAUGUUAUUUUUUAUAUCAAAGAAUAACUUAAAUUUUAUGAGUGAAGUCUCUUUUCCACACAUCUGAAAACCAACUCAGUAUUUGCAUCUAAUUUAAACAAACUGUAGAGAAUUGUGAUUGGACGAAAUUACUCGUUAGUUUUUGCGAUGAGUUGGUGAGAGCCUCUAUACAGGCGUUUGAUCUCAAACUUGGUUGUCAGCACUCGUUUAAUACAACAAAUAACAUCGUGUUAAGUGGGUUUUUAUUCUAGAGCGCUUUCCAAUAAUACGGUCAGAUCGUUCAAAUUUAAUAGGAAUUUUUAUAAAAAAGAUAAAUUUGUGGCAAUUCAAAAAUCUCAUGACCUUAGCCAUUUAAUAGAACGCGCAAAAAGUGUAUUCAGGGUAACACCAAAGGCAAAGAUAACAAAGAUAAAAUUACAGAUAUAAAAUUAUAAUUGUCAAAUGAAAAGUUGUGGCGAUGUAAAUAUUUUUAAUGAGCAGUGUAAUUGAAUUUAAUGUGAAAAUUA